AUGAAACCUCCAGGAUUUGCUUGUCUGAUUUUCUCGUACACGGAGGUGUGGUUCUACUGCGUAGCUUCAUUGACUGGUCUAUCCACAGCUAUGUGCGUACCCGCCUUAUUUCUGGUAGUAAUCGUGGUGGUGAGCAUAUUGUGCGCCCGUUAUUUCCACAACAGACAGGAAAUGAAGCCUUGUUUGUACUUCAAAAAGUCUAGAAUCAGUAUGGUCAUUAAAAAAGGAUGCAAGGGAUUGAAUCAAGAUUACAAACCCACAUAUUGGGCGACCAACCGACAUCUUCAGACGAUUCUGCCUUGGAUCUGGUGGCAGGACGAGUUAGAAUUUAAGCGCGAAUAUUUGCAAAUGGAGGAUAAAGGAGUCAUUGCUUUGGACUGGUUAGAGGUUGAUGACGACAAAUCUAUAAAAAAAGUUAGUCCUAUAAUGCUGCUGAUUCCUGACUUAACAGGUGCAGCCGCAGAUUUAGCAGCUGCGUGCACCGAGGCUUUGGCGCGAAAAUUUCGCCCAGUGGUGUUCAAUCGCCGUGGGCAUGGUGGAACCUUGCUUUCAACUUAUCGAUUUCAAAGCUUUGGAGACGCAAGUGACUUGGAAGAAGCUAUUCAAUUCAUCACUCAUAUGUAUCCAUAUGCAGAGAUCUUUGCAAUCAGUUUUUCUACCGGGUCUGGACUGUUAUUAUCAUAUCUGGGUGAAGCAGGUGCGACCAGCAAACUCAAUGCGGCGGUUUGCAUUUCGCCAUGUUUCGAUGCCGAAGCGCUUUUCAAGUCUAAUAGUUUACCAGAGCCGUACAACUGGCUUUGGACGUUUAAACUGAAAUCAGUUUUGCGCCAGCACCCUUGCUUAGGCAACGUGAUAAAUUAUAACCUUGCUCUACAAAGCACUAGCAUUAAAGAGCUGGAUGAGAGAGUUUAUGUUAAGCUUAACCAGUAUAACUCGUUGGAAGAGUAUUGGAGGUACAACGACCCUAUGAGGAACAUAACAAACAUAUCAGUGCCAGUGCUAUGUGUAAGUGCACUCGAUGACCCUAUUUGUCCAAAAGAAACUAUACCGUUCAGUCUUUUCAAAACUUCAAACAAUUUAUUUCUAGUUACAACAGACAAGGGAGGUCACUGUGGAUUUUUAGAGGAUUUUUUCCCUUCUUCUUGGGCGAAUAAGCUCGGAUGUGAAUAUUUAGAGACCGUGUUUAAUCAAGGAGUACCCAAACAACCCGAGGAAAAUCACGUGCAUUUUUUCCCAGAAUUCAACGGUACGAGAAAUCGAAGUUAUACAACAUAA